GACGGGAAAUGGGAGGUCCUGUUCUAGAAGCACUGGUCCAGACCAAGCAAAUGGCUGCUGAACGGAAUUCAACGUGUUGCGACGUUUGUUGGGUUUUAGUAUAAAAAUGCGACAUUUUUCUCGCUAAGUAUACACAGGAAGUACAUUUGACGCAUUUUAGUCGUCGUCAUGGUGUCUUCGAGGGUACUCCAGCUGUUAGCCUGCCUUGUUUCUCUUCUAUCCGCUGGCGCUGAAGAUGACAGCCAUUUGGUGAUAGCUCCACAGUCUCCAGUGCUUGAGAUUGGGACUAACUUCACAGCUACAUGCAUGAUCAUCAACACAGCUGAAAUCACAGCAGAUGAUCUCUACUGGAAUCUGUCAAAGACUACUGUAUCCAAAGAACAGUACAUCAAGAUCAACAAGACAGCUCUUAAUGUCACUAUUCCCAUCACAAGUGAAAAACCUGAAUGGUUAUUUUGCCUCUGCAAGAGAGUGUCACCUAAGGUUGUCCUGAACAAUGGCAGAUUUAUUCACGGGAUUUUGCUGGUGAAAGGCUAUCGUCCAGAGAAGCCUGAGAAUCUGUCCUGUGUCGCAGUUCAGAACGGUACAUACAUCUCUCCAUCCAUCAGGUGUGAGUGGGAAGUAGUAGGACGUCAAACAACAGAAGUCCCUACAACAUACACACUGAUUGUCAGACAAGUCCUCUCUGGUGAAACCCAUUAUACAUCAACACCUGCAAAGACUGCCCAAGUGCCUCUGAAUGUUUUCCCCAGUUUUAUGCUACUGGACAUCUGGGUAGAGGCACAUAAUAAACUUGGAACAAUAGAGUCUGAGCACCUGAAAAAGGAUGCUAACUACUUUGUGAAAACAAACCCUCCAUCUGAUGUCACAGUAAUUUCAGAGAAGAGUUUUCCCACCUCCCUCCUCAUAAACUGGGCUCAUCCUAUUGCCAGUGAAUAUUUGAGACUGAUGUAUCAAAUCAGAUUCUGCCGACUUGGAUCACACAUAUGGAAUUACGUACCACUUGAAGACACUUCCGAGUAUAUUCAGUCCUUCAGACUUCAGAACCUUCGACCAGACACAGUUUAUGUCACUCAAGUACGCUGCAAAAAUUCUCAAAAGAACCACGGUUUCUGGAGCAACUGGAGUAACAAUGCUACCGAGAGAACACAAGAGGACCGACCAAGAAGUAAACCAGAUUUAUGGAAAAUCGUUACUGAAGAUGGGAUAAAGUUUAUUUGUAAGGAUCCUGAGCUUUCCAAUGGGAGGAUAACAAGAUUUGAUAUAAUGAUUCAAAACCCAAAGGAUAAAAUCAAGAAUGGAAGUUCGGAAUGGGAACGUAUAAUGGUCAACAGAUCCGAGGCAGACAGCAGCUCCAGUCACAGGAAGAUUACGCUGCUUAAAAAGAUUCCCUUGGCAGACAAGACGUCUGUUAAAGUGUACGUCACCGCCAUUAAUUCUGUGGGGAAAUCUGAUGAGGCGUUGUUGGUCAUCCCUGCAAAUGCAAAUGAGUUUGCACCAGUGGAAGAGCUGAUGGUCUGGCCUCAUGAGGGUCAGCUGUUGCUGGAAUGGAAACCCCCCACCAGUACAGCUGUGUCAGAAUAUGUGGUGGAGUGGGUCAGUGGUGGUCAGAUAGACUGGCAGAGGGAAAGGGGAAGCACCAGACACACCGUCAUUAAAGGGAACCUUGAGCGGUUUGUUUGCUACAACGUGUCUGUGUAUCCCAUAUACUCUGGACGGAUCGGGAAUCCAGCACAUGCAGAAGUCUUUCUGGAAGAAGGAGCUCCAGUACGAGGCCCUACUGUCAAGCUGAAUGGUAACCCAGGGCGUAAUGAGGCUAAGCUGACAUGGGAAGAGAUUCCCCAGCACAGCCGACGAGGCUUCAUCACAAACUACACAAUAUUUUACACAAGUGGUGCUGAAAUACAUGCAAUAACCGUGCCGGCUAACACCACCUCAUACACUCUGACAUCACUGUCAGCCAACACCAAGUAUGACACUUGGAUCAAGGCUUCAACCAUCCGAGGCUCAGCCAACGGCUUUAACCACUCUUUCACCACACUGAAAUAUGCACCAGGAGAGAUCGAGGGCAUUGUGGUAGGAGUGAGCCUUGGCUUUCUGUUUGUUGUUCUCAUGACGAUGCUGAUCUGUUUCUACAAAAAAGAUCUGAUCAAGAAGAACUUUUGGCCCCAGAUUCCAAACCCUGGAGAAAGCACUAUUGGAAACUGGUCUCCUGAUUAUCCUUUGAAAGCAGAAACACCAAAGGAAAACUGUCUAUCUGGCAUAAGUGUACUUGAUAUGGAUAUUUGUGAUGGAAAGUGUGUAAUUGAGGAGGACAAGGCCAGUCUACCCCUGAAGAAGGACAAGUAUCUGUCUGAGGAGCACAGCAGUGGUAUUGGUGGUUCCUCCUGCAUGUCCUCACCUCGCCAGAGUGUCUCUGACAGUGAUGAGGGCGGUGACAUGGCUGACACUACAUCCAGCACCAUUCAGUACUCCUCUGUGGUGGCCUCCAGUGGCUACAAGGGUCAGACCCCCAACUCUCAUCCCCAGCAGUCCAUUUUUUCAAGGUCUGAGUCCACACAGCCGCUGUUGGACUCUGAGGAAAAUGCCGACAUGGUGGUGCAGGAUGGCAGCAGACAAUUCCAGCAUUUCUCCAGACAGCCCUGCUGUACACACAAUGCAGGGAACAAAGACACCACUAACUGCGAUGACUUCAGCCAGCUGGCAAUGGAGCAGCAGGAGAUCCCGCAGUCUCUGGACUUCUGUCCUCUAGAAGAAGACAAUGAGCAGAUAACACCUACAGACGAACUGUCAGCUGACUGGCUGCCAACAGUACCAGUCUCCAGCUAUAUGCCUCAGCUGGGUGGCUACAGGCCACAGUAAGAACACAGACAGACAUGACUCAUGCAUUACCUACAUUGGCAUGUAAAAGUUUGGGCACGCAUGAUCAAAAUUCUUGUCACUGUAAAUAGCUAAGUGAGUAAAAGUGGACUUGAUUUCCAUAAGAACUGACGUGUAAGAUGACAUAUAUCUUUAAUAUUUUAAAGCAAGUUUGUCUCGUAAAGCUUCAAAAUAAGAUAAAACAAGAAAGCCUGAAGUGAAACACUGUAACACCCUCUCUGUAAAGUGUCAGAACUUUAUACCUUUUAGAAAUUAGUUUGUCUUCUACUCACUUAAAUUUUCACAGGAACAGAUAUUUUAAACAAACUUUUGCAUGCCACUCUUUGGAAACGGUUUGGUACAUUUGUUAAUGUCAUGCUUUCAUUUCAAACCUUUUAGGCUAUGAUGAAAACUGUUGCAAUGUAUCUUUUGCACAUAACCAAGUAUACAUAGUCUAGGAUGAUUUACUCUGUAAAGUUAGUGUGAAUUAGAGCUUUUAAUAGUUGUUUGCUAGCUGUGCACUCGUGUGGAAACAUUUCACAGCCAUAUCUUCAUUUUACAGUGAUGCCCAAAACAUAUUUGACAUGUGGCAAGUUUUAUUUUUACUUUCAAAUACAAUCGGUAGAAGUUUUAAAAAUGGCAUGAGUAUGAGCCACAGUUGGAGUGAAUAUGGCUACAGCAGACAGGAUGAUGUCUUCAAUUUGUGCUUCUUUUUCAGUUUGACAGGUAUCUUGCUGUAGUGCCCUCUUGUGGAGGGCUGCCAACUCUGCAGGAAAGUUACAAUUUGUAACUUGGGCAUUGUCAUAUAAUGUAAAAAAGUAUAUUUUCAGUGUAACUAUAUAUACUGCACAUGAAUGUAAUCAAUUAACGCAAGGUCAUACUGACAUGUUUUUCUCAUGACAUGCCAGUGCAUGUUCACUAAAGUUUACUUAGCUGCCUUUAAAAAUGAGAAAAUAGGGGGGAAAAUGUCAUGUUCCUACUGUAUGUAAGAUCACCUGGCAAGAUCACUGCUAUAUUUUUGGAUAUGAAGUCAGUAAUUUAUGGAAGCCAACAAAAGGCUCACAGUCAACUGAAAACCUUGGUUGCUUUUCAGCAUCUCUACAAUGUUAGCUGUAAAUGUUACAUUUGGAUCAGUCUGUGUAAGAGCAAGCAUUACAUCUUCAUUUCUUCUCAUCUUACAGUGUUCCAAUACAGCGUUGAAUAUACAGUACAGAAUAUACAAUCUCAAACAGCUGUGCUUUUCCUUUUAAUAAACCUUUGAUCACAGUCAUUGAUGAGGACAUGGUGAUAAUAUGUUGCUGGAUUCUUGACAGUAAACGGGAGUCCAGAUCACCUGAAAAUGUGAUUAUUCACUCUCAUCUCAACAGCAAAUAAUGACUUGCUGUGUUCUUCUGGACAAAGGCAUUAACUUGCCUGCAGAGGAUUUGAGAAGCAAACAUGCGAUAAAGUGUCAUGUUCCACAAAUUUUAUGUAAUUCGGUUAACUUUUGUUUAAAUAUUGCCAGUUUACAGCAUAUAUCCUCUUAAGACACUUAACAUGUAUUAUAGAGAGAAACCUAACAAGUCCAAAGAUUGUCACCGUGGUGACAUGAAAGAAAAAGAAAAUUGCUGACUGAAUGAAAUGCUGACUUUUUCAAAACACUAUUUUCAGUGUGGCCAGCAAAGGUCAAAGGUUUCUGAUAUCAGAGUGUUGUACAUGACUAACAUAAAAUGUAAAAUACAUGUUUGAACUACUGUAAUGUCACUUGACAA